CACAAUCUGGGGAUGGCCGUCUUCUUACUGGGUUUACUAACAGCUGGACGUGGAUGUGCUGAACCCAGCUGCACAAAUCGCAGAUGUCUGGCUGAAAUGUUGAUAAAUAAAAAUUUCUCAUCUCAACCACAGUAUGAAAACUGCACCCAAAUAAUACACGUGCCUUUCAUUGAGUACCAAACUUUGUCAGUUGACACAAAGAAUCUCCGCCUAAAUAGUCGGCUGCAAGCAACAAUGGUAUGGAGAGAUCAUGAGCUGAGAUGGAACACAUCUGUCUACAAGUAUGAUGAAGUGGCCCUGCCGGUAGAUAAAGUCUGGACCCCAGAGAUCCGUGUAACAAAUGGGAUACAAACAACCAUGAAGCACAGCUCCCGUGAUCUGCUGGUGUACAGUAACGGCACCCUGAAGCACACCGUGAUCAUAAACGCUGAGGUGAACUGUGAAGUCAAUCUGUUCAACUAUCCCUUCGCUGCUGAUGAAUGUCCUGUCGCAAUCCAAACCUGGGCCGCUGGCGAAUGUGGUACAAAGCUGGUAUUGGGUGAAUUGAGGAUGGUGGAUGGUACCCACGGAGACUGGGAAACUGAUCAGGUGGACUUCCAGCAACAAAGAGAUGACCGCAAUUACAUCAUGGUGUCACUGAGCAUCAGAUAUGUCAACCCCUUCAUUACAUUAUUGCUGCCCAGUAUUCUGAUCGUCUUGGCUGAUGUUAUCAGCUGCACCCUGCCGCUGGGAGGCGGUGAGCGCAACUCUUUCAAGGUCACCCUGGUGCUCAGCUUCACCAUGUUCCUCAUCAUCCUCAAUGAACAGCUCCCUGGGGACAGCAAGUGCAGCCCCAUCAUCCGGAUCCACUUCUGUGCUUGUCUGGUGCUUUUGGUGUUCAGCAUGCUGCUGUCUUUGGUGCUGACACGAGUGGCAAAAGAUGGCCUCAUUUCCUGCUGCUGGUCCAAAGGGCCAGUGCCAAAAAACACAGAAAACAAAGAGGAGAAAGAGGAUGAGGAAGCCAAACCUGACAUCAGUGUAAUUCAGCUGAAUGGUUCAGAGGAGGACAAACAAAUGCUCAGAAAGGUGGUAAACUUCCUGGAAGCUUUUGAAGCCAAGGACAAGGAAUCUGAGAGAUAUCAGAAGAUUGCCAACACACUGGACAAGAUAUUUUUCUGGUUCUAUCUGGUUUUUGGCGCUCUGUACUUUUGUGCCAUGACUUAUGUGAUGGUAAAGUACAGAUGUAAAGUUAACCAUUUUGAUUUCUGGUACUAA